UAUAUAAAUCGGGUUUGGUCAUUCCGCCUCCUCAUCUGUCAAAACUCACAAAGACUUCCCACAACAUUCCAUACGCACAGCCGUGCCCGAAGGCCUUCCUCUCUUCAGCAAAAAUACUACCCUGUGAACAAGUAGUUCUUUAUGAAUCUGAAGCUACCAUGUGAGAGAUAGAUCGACUAUCAUGAUGCAUGUAAAAAUUUGAUCCCGUGAGAAAACUAUGAAUAUCUUCCAGUUUAUUCAACAUUGCUAGGGAUGAUUUCAUUUUCGGUGGAAGAACAAUUAGUAAUGGUGUGGCAACCCCACACACACAGAGGCACACAAAUAUAUGGAUGGAAUUGACCGUGUUGUCUGUUAUCUAUAUCUGCAAUUUGCCAAAGUGGAGGGCAUCAAGUUUGGAGAAGCUUCUUUUAUGUCUGAACGAGCUUCUCUUCUUUUGUUAUCAAUUGGUUUGCUUGGGGAGUAUCGUCCGAAAUCUAGGAAAAAGGGUUUUUCUGACGAAGUUGCCUGCAUGAGUCUUGGGUUACUUGAGAGCCAUACUACGCACGGUUUUGGUUGUCGUUUUAUGCAACCUUCUUCUCUUGAAAGAAACUUAUUCAGUAAAGGAGGAUUUCUCAUUGCAAGAGAUAAUAAAUCUUUUGAUUUCUGCUCCUGAUUGAUACAUCUUUCAAAGUUGAGGAUGGCUUUGCAGAAUAUUGGUGCGUCCAAUCGUGAUGAUGCCUUUUAUAGGUAUAAGAUGCCGAAAAUGAUUACCAAGAUUGAAGGUAGAGGAAAUGGCAUCAAGACUAAUAUUGUUAACAAUGUUGAGAUUGCAAAGGCAUUGGCUAGACCUGCUUCAUACACCACAAAAUAUUUUGGUUGCGAGCUUGGUGCGCAAUCAAAAUUUGAUGAGAAGACUGGAACUUCCCUGGUAAAUGGUGCCCAUGAAACGGCUAAGCUUGCAGGGCUUCUUGAAAACUUCAUCAAAAAAUAUGUUCAGUGCUAUGGUUGUGGGAACCCUGAAACUGAGGUGGUUAUCACAAAGACACAGAUGAUAACCCUAAAAUGUGCUGCUUGUGGUUUUGUUUCUGAUGUUGACAUGAGGGACAAGCUCACAACGUUUAUUCUCAAGAAUCCACCUGAGCAAAAGAAAUCGAAGGGCAAAAAAGCAUUGAGGAAGGCUGAGAAGGAACGACUCAAGGAAGGUGAGGUCGCUGAUGAGGAGCAAAAGAAGCUCAAAAAGGAGGCAAAGAAGAAAGGUUCCUCUGCUAGUUCAAAGGAUGUUGCUAAAGGUGGAUUAACCAAGAAGAAAGGUAGUGUCUCCGAUGAGGAUCACUCCCCUUCUCACAGCCAGGCUGAUGACAGUGACCAAGUUGUUGUGGACAAUGAAGAUGGUGAUGAUGUCCAAUGGCAAACAGAUACUUCACUGGAAGCAGCUAAGCAACGCAUACAAGAGCAGUUGAGUACUGUUACUGCAGAUAUGGUAAUGCUAUCAACUAGUGAAGAGAAGCAGAAGUCGAUGAAGAAAUCUCCAAAACAUGAGAACAAUGGGCAUGAGAAUGGUGCGAAGAAUGCCAACAACUGUAUAUAUCUCCUGGAUGAGAUUAACAAAUUCCUGAAAACAGGCUCGUCGCCAAGCCAGCUCAAAUCCUUUCUGGGAUCCCUAUCUGGUACUCAGCAAGAACUCAUGGAUGCCUUAUUUACAGCUCUCUUUGAGGGUGUUAAGAAAGGAUUUGCCAAAGAGGUGGGGAAAAAGAAGAACUACCUAGCAGCAGCAACUCAAGAUGGAUUGCACAUGGUUCUACUGCAUGCUAUUGAGUCCUUCUGCACCAAGGCGAGCCCUGAGGCGGUGAAGGAGGUGGGUAUGGCUCUUAAAGUACUGUAUGACAGUGAUGUGUUGGAAGAGGAGUUCAUACUGGAGUGGAAUAAAAAGGGCCGAGCAGGCGACAAUAAAGACUCCCCUAUAUGGAAGAAUAUGGAGCCCUUUAUUGAAUGGCUCCAGAAUGCUGAGUCAGAAUCGGAGGGGUGAUAUCUUGUGUCUUCUGUGUGAGGUGCAUGUUUUGAUUACAUCGCUUGGGAUCUUGUUAUGAUGUGUCAUUUUGGAGAAUAAGGCUUUUAGUCCUUCAGUUAGUUUUUAUGAACUUUCGGUAAUCGGUAUCAUGCUGGUCUUUGUUGUCUGGAUUGUUAGCUAAACGGGGCACAGGAUCGUCUGUGUUGUCUUUUCCCCUUUCUUCUCGUUGGUUCAUGUUUAAUGAAACCAUAUUGUGGUAUGCAGUACUUAAGUUUCUUGCUACUGUGGUAACAAAUAUAUAGUGUGAUUUCUUAAGAUUUUUUCA